AUGUCAAGUCUGCAGACCCACCGUAACAACGACGCUUGGGAUCUGGCAGAUGAUUGCUUAACGAAUUGUACAGACAUGACUGACAGAAUUGAGGCUGGAAGGACUCUCGAGUCACCUGGGAUGAUUGAGUCUCAAUACUUCAUUGAUAACAACUCUCUCAUGUUCAACGAUCCAGUGCUGGGCUUCGCAAGCGCUUUCGACUUGGAUCUUGAAAAUUUCCAAUGGAACGAAACUACAUGA